UGCUGAACAUUUUCAUUCUGCUCUGGGUCUUCACCGGUCAUUCCAACAGCAUGUCUCUGCUACAAUAUCGUGCAACCGUGACACAACCAGAGCCGCAAUGUAGCCGAUGAGUCGAGUCCAAAUCCAUAAGUGAGCAAACGGCACUCACUCCGGGUGUUACACACUCGCUGCUUCUUUUUAACGUGGGGGGGCCGUCCGGUAAAUGCAAAGCCCCACGUCAUAAUCGCAAUCAUGACCGGCCGGUUUGCAAACGCGCUGCGACGCUUUCUUUCGAUGUGUACAGGGCUACUAUGCGAGUACAACCCCAUGCCCGAGUUUCCACUUAAAAGACCUGAAGCACGGUAAAGAAAUCACGAGGGAAAAAAAAUUACAUCGGAUCUCUCAUAUCCUACAGACUGGCGUGAUAUCAAACCAAACAAACCCCAGAACUCACAAUGGCACCUCAACUGGCGUGGCUCGGCCUGGGCAACAUGGGCAGGGGCAUGUGCAAGAACCUCGUCGAGAAGGGCAACCUGUCGCAUCCUCUGAUCAUCUACAACCGCACCGUCCAGCGAGCCCACGAUCUCUCCCAGAAAAUCGGCAACUCGACCGUGUCAGAAUCCAUACCGGACAUCGUCUCCAAGGCGGACAUCAUCUUCUACUGCCUGGGGGAUGACUCUUCCGUGCUGGACAUGGUCGACACCGUCCUCCAAAACGACGUGGCAGGCAAGAUCCUCGUCGACUGUAGCACGGUUCACCCGGAAGCCACGAGCAAACAGGCGGACAUGAUCGAGGCAAGGGGCGCCAGCUUCGUCGCGUGCCCCGUCUUUGGCGCCCCGGCCAUGGCGGACGCCGGGCAACUGGUCUGUGUGCUUGCCGGCAAGGUGGAGGCCGUGGACCGAGUCAAGCCGUACUGCAAGGGCGUCAUGGGGAGAGAGAACAUCGACUUUUCUGGCCAGGAGCCACGCAAGGCGACCCUCCUCAAGAUCAUCGGCAACACCUUUGUCGCCAACAUGAUCACCGCCCUCUCCGAAGGUCACGUCCUGGCCGAGAAGACGGGCCUCGGGGUCGAGGAAUUGCACAAGCUCAUCGAGGUCAUGUUUCCCGGACCGUACACGGCCUACUCCAACAGGUUGAAGUCCGGGGACUACUACCAGCGCGACGAGCCGUUGUUUGCCGUCGACCUCGCCCGGAAGGACGCCAGGCAUGCCAUGGCUUUGGCCGAGAGUGCCGGUUGUCGCAUGAAGGAUGUGGAACUGGCCGAUUCCUACCUGAAGGUGGUCAAAGACACACAAGGUGCCAAGGGCGACAUUGCCGGCAUCUACGGUGCAAAGAGACUGGAGAGUGGCUUGAAGUUUGAGAAUCAAUAAACCUCUUGACGUUGCGAUGCGAUGCGGUGCGUCUUGGUCUCAUGACGCGAACGAUCCUUUUGUGAGCCCGGGCAUGUCAUUGAAGCCAAUGGUCCACGCAAAGGCGUUACAGAAAGACUACUUGGGCACCUAGGUAACCUAGAAGAGUACGGAAUCUCAUACGCUCGUGGAAUAGAAUCAGCUUUGUGUCGGGGAUAACCUGUCAGCCAUUAAGUAUUUACUUGUCUUGCCCUUUUUGGUCAUCCUGUACGUAGUAGUAACU